UGAGGGCCGAAGGACUUCCGGUAGCUUGCCGUCUGACUGUGGGACUGCUGAGGAGAGUCUGCACGUGGAUGGUCGCUGGCGUCUGCGAGAUGGAGACAGCCCCCAAGCUGGGCAGGGACCUCCCACCCGAGAAGAACAAACUUCAGGUUAAGAGGAAGAAACCACGGCGAUACUGGGAGCAAGAGACCACUCCGACCGCUGCCGGAGCCUCUCCUGGGCCCCCUCGUAACGAGAAGAGGAAUAGGAAGCUCCGCCUCCAGAGGACAAAGAACACUCACAACCUAAAGAAGUCUCGGCUCUCUAAGAAGCCCCAGGCCCCGAAGAAAUCCCGAGAACGGAGAAAUCCAGAGCCUCAGCGGAGCUUGUCCGGGGCCCAAGACCCAUUUCCAGGCCCCGCCCCCGCCCGUGUGGAGGUGGCUCACAAGUUUUGUCGCAUUGACAGAUCCAAAAAGCUGCCGCAUUCCAAGUCCAAAACCCAAAAACGACUUGAGGUGGCUGAAGCUGAGGAAGAAGUAGUAAGUGUCAAAGCUGCUGGUUCUGAGCUACUGCUUGCUGAGGAACCUGGGUUUCUGGAAGGGGAGGAUGGGGAAAACACGGCAAAAAUACUCCAGGCUGACAUCAUGGAGGCUGUGGACAUUGCAAGCGCAGCCAAGCACUUUGACUUGAACUUGAGGCAGUUUGGACCCUACAGACUGAAUUACUCUCGCACUGGGAGACACCUGGCUUUUGGAGGGCGCCGGGGUCAUGUGGCUGCCCUUGACUGGGUGACAAAGAAGCUCAUGUGUGAGAUCAAUGUCAUGGAGGCAGUGCGGGACAUCCGGUUUCUGCACUCGGAGGCACUGCUUGCUGUUGCUCAGAACCGCUGGCUUCACAUCUACGAUAACCAGGGCAUUGAGCUCCACUGCAUUCGCCGCUGUGAUCGCAUCACGCGACUUGAGUUCCUACCUUUCCACUUCCUCCUGGCCACAGCUUCAGAGACAGGGUUCCUGACCUACCUGGACGUGUCAGUGGGAAAGAUUGUGGCAGCUCUGAAUGCUCGGGCUGGACGGCUGGAUGUCAUGACUCAGAACCCUUACAAUGCUGUCAUCCAUCUUGGACACAGCAAUGGUACUGUAUCCUUAUGGAGUCCAGCCAUGAAGGAGCCACUGGCAAAGAUUCUCUGUCAUCGUGGUGGUGUCCGGGCUGUGGCAGUGGAUUCUACAGGCAUGCACAUGGCCACCUCUGGCCUGGAUCACCAGCUGAAGGUUUUUGACUUGCGAGGGACGUUCCAGCCUCUGAGUGCUCGGACCCUGCCCCAGGGAGCAGGGCACCUGGCCUUCUCCCAGAGGGGACUGCUGGCUGCGGGAGUGGGUGACGUGGUCAACAUAUGGGGAGGGCAGGGCAAAGCCAGCCCACCCUCCCUGGAGCAACCAUACCUCACGCACCGACUCUCAGGCCAUUUGCAUGGCCUUCAGUUCUGCCCUUUUGAAGAUGUGUUGGGGAUAGGACACAAUGGGGGCAUCACCAGCAUGCUGGUCCCUGGGGCUGCUGAGCCCAACUUUGAUGGCCUGGAGAGCAACCCAUAUAGGAGCCGGAAGCAGCGUCAGGAGUGGGAGGUGAAGGCCCUGCUGGAGAAGGUGCCUGCGGAGCUCAUUUGUCUGGAUCCCCGAGCCCUGGCAGAGGUUGAUGUCAUCUCUUUGGAGCAGGAAAAGAAGGAGCGGAUAGAGAGGCUGGGCUAUGACCCCGAGGCCAAGUCUCCCUUCCAACCAAAGCCAAAGCAGAAGGGCCGCAGCUCAACAGCAAGCCUAGUGAAGAGGAAGAGGAAGGUCAUGGAUGAGGAACACCGGAACAAAGUCCGGCAGAGUCUGGAGCAGCAGCCACUGAAGCAAAAGGCCAAGCCCGUGGGGGUCUGGCCGUCUGCCCUGGACAGAUUUGUGCACUGAGCCAGGCUCCAGGGUGGCCUGUGGACAACAAUCUCUCCCCAAGAUUGCCUGUGGGGAAAUAACCCUGUUCCCUGGAAUGAGGGGCACUGUGCCCCUUCCCCAGCUGGGGGUGGGUUGGUAUUAAAGAGCAAGGUGUUUUGGGGG